AUGGACAGUACUCAGGUGCUGCUCGCGCUUCUGGACGUCCUGCAGCGCAUGACACGGCCGGAGAGCAGCAAUAGCAGCACACUACAGGGGCAGGCAGAAGCUCCGCCCAGCGUGGAAGACUUAUUCGCUUCGUCUGCCUCACCGGCUCUCUCCACUCCGACGAACGAGACAGUCACUUCGGUCAACGGAAACAGAAACGGAAACGCGUCGCCAAACAGCAACGGUGCUGUGGUUUCUACUACUACCACUACUACUGCUACUACUAUGGAUGUGGAGCAUGAACCUAGUAAAGUGCAGUUCCCGGCGUCACUACGAGAAACAGCUAGUCAAUUUGUGAAGAAAAAGCCCUUCGCGGAGGCAGACGUACAAGCUGUCUGCGUGCACCUCCGGAGGCUGAUCGACAGGUCUGCUUCGUCCGCGGACUCCGCCAAUAUUGUGUACAUGGGACCGGAGCUUGACAAGCUCACCACGCUCAUUAGACCCCUCGCACUCACUGAUGUACGGGUGGCGGUUUACAUGAGCUCCUUUAUCAGCAAUAUAGCUGCGCUGAGAGAUGUGAGAACGCAGGUCAGUGCAUCCCUUUUGUGGGACCUUGCAAUGGCGAUUGCACAGACGUACAUCGCCGAGCCCGGUGCCCUGCAGCUGGUGCUCAUGGCCAUGGCAAACCUGGCGCACCUGGAUGAGCUAAAGCUCACGCACGAGAGCUGUGAUGCGCUGUGUCGUCUUAUAUUCCCAAACUACACAGAGGUGAAGUUGAUUGAGGCUUGGAUCACGGUGUUGUGCAACGUUACUGCAAACCACCCCAAAACAGCUCAGGUGUUUGUGGAGCUUGGGCUGGUGGAGGUGCUGGAACGGCUCGUGCUGUACGUUGGUGAGGACGGCAAAGUGGCAAUCCGUGGCAUGCAGUGUCUUUCCAACUUGGCCGUCGGAUUUACGAACGGGCAUCCCGCGGCGUUGGAGACAUGA